CCUCAAUGGAGAGUAGCCAUCACCAUCCCACUUUAUGCCAUGGCACUUUGUGAAUCACCCUUACUGAGGAUAUCUGCCUUUUACUUUUAAACUCACUGAACUUACCAUGAGGAAAGAGUGUUACCAAUGAACAGAUGCUAUCCAGCCUCAAAAUGUUUCAGCUAGUGUCUGCUCCAACACUAGGUAAUGAUCCCUAUGGAGCCCUGCUUGCUGAAUAGCCUGCUCUGAAUCCUAAGCAGUGUAUCAUAAAGCUUUCACAGUGUCCAGACACUGGCCUCCCUGGCUGCUUGUUGGGUGCAGAGCUCCAUCCUGGUGCCUGUUCUUGAAGUGUAUUUCCAAGUCCUGCUGUUUAGCUAAAGCAUACUCAAAAGAGCUCUGGCCUUUGUAAAUAUUAGAUAGAUAAGCAUGUGGUGAAAAACAUUAUGCUUGUAUGGUGUUCCUUGCCUACCUCCUCAUGCUUUCGGAUGGGUUAAAGUUCUCUCAGGGUGCAAAGACACCUCCUGCUUUGUCCUCUUGUUCCCUCUCUAAAGUUGCUGGUGAACAUCUUACACUUUGUAAAGUUACAGGCCACUUUUGAAAGCAACCAUGUGGCCAUCUUUAAAGCUGCGCAAGGUUUCCUGUUGAAUGAUGUGUUUGUUAACUGGCCCAACAAAAGGAUGUUUUUUUCUGGUAGGAGUAAGCUCGUUGUUCAAGAGUGUUUGUACAGGGGAACCCUCCACAUCCCUUUUGUUGUUUUGGGUCGAGGACACCAAGCACCAGAUAGAUUAUAUUGCACAAGUUUCACAAGUUCUGUCAGAUUUUACACUGACAAAUUUGGAAGCUGUCACAUUCCCAGGGAAUGGGGUACCAGGGCUGUCUGGCCAAGGGGAAAUGGCAGUGACAUCUUGCCUGACUUACCUGCCUGCGUGGCUUAAUGCUGUACAGAGAUCCAUUUCUGAUGUGGUCAGAUGGUCCUAGCCUAGCCAAUAGUGCAGGAGUUACCUUAUUUAAUACCACGUAACACCCAAUACUUGCUUAAUACGUUGAAUCUUCCCUAGUGCUGCCAACUUGGCUGCAAACUUCCUCUCACCUGUUGCCUUGGAGCGUCUCCCUAAAUCUGGCACCUCUUCACUUGUGCCCGGGAGGAAAUGAGGCACCUUCCAGGACCGGCGUGCAGAGAGAUCCUGCUCGGGGAGGGAGGGGUAGGGCCUGCGCACCGAAACGUCUCUGGAGUCUCUCCAAGGCCAGCAGCAGGUUUGCUGAGACGCCACCCUGCUGGGGAAUGCACCUGCCCAAGCGAGAGGCGAGCGCGGUGCAGCCAGCCUAUCGGCGGCCACAACCCGCCUGUGAUGGACCAGGAAGGGACGCCGGCAGGAACACCUAUUGCUUGGCAGGUAGAUGCCAGAGGAAGGGUAGAGACUAGGUUCUACCUUUGAGCACCUUUAUUAGCUUGAUCCAGUGGAAGGAAAGUCUGGAAAACACAUUGCUGCCAGCCAGGAGCCUCUGUAGGAAACAGUGCUGGGCUUUAUCGUGUGUGGGCAACGUGUCAGCGGCAGCAAAUCUUGCCAGUCUUCCCCAGUCUUCACAAUGCUCACAUAAUUGCAUAAAAUCACUCCAAAGGCUGGAAGCACUGCAGGAGCCUGUCCCACCACAAGGCUUUCUCUCCUGAAUGCUGUAGAUGAAACGUGCAGGAAAGGAAGGACUGCGCCCCGGUUGUUCCCCGACAGUGCUGCUCUGGGGAUGCUCCACCAUGUUCUGGAACUCUGCUUGGAGGCAGGGCUCGGACCCAGCACACGGACCAUAGCUCUCUGGGUGGCACUGCCACCACAGAAGGGAGCUCCACUGGGCACCAAAGAAUGAGACAGAGUCAUCCCCGCUUGAGAAAUGCUGCUGCCUUCACAACUGCCACCGCUUUGACGCUCCCCUUCACUGUAAGGGUCUAGGUUCAUCUGUGUGACCAUCCUACUGUGCCCUCCCCACCCAGGCACUCACCAUGCCAGAGCUGGCAGAGCUGAGCACACCCCGCACCCCUGCGGACGCUGACCACAUCCAGAGGAACAUCCUGGAAGAGCACGUGGAGCUCUGGUGGUUCCAGGACCCCAAGAAGUCCAUCCUGUGCUAUGGGAUGGCGGUGGUACUGAUCUUGGCCUGCGGGAUUGGGGGCAUCAUUCUGCUGUACAGCACCAGCAGCCGGUCUGGGGAGUGGCGGCUGGCUGUGGGCACCACGCUCUGCCUCCUGGCCCUGCUCGUGCUGCUGAAGCAGCUGCUGAGCUCUGCCAUCCAGGAUAUGAACUGCAUCCGCAGUCGGGAUCAGAUUGAGCUUCUAAAGAGUGGGGGCUUCUCAGACUGCCUGGUGCUGCUGCUCAGCGCCCUGGUGCUGCUGAUCUGUGGCAUUGUGCUCACCAUCCUCUCCACCACGACCAUGCAGCUCAGCCCUGUCCGGCCGCUGGCCAGCAUGUUCACCAGUGGGAUUAUCCUCUUGGCUGCUGGCAGUGCCAUCCUCCUCUCCCUGCUGCUCUAUCUGCUGUGCACCUCCUGCUGCCGAGCUGCUCCUCGAAGCUUGGAGACAGGUGAAAUCAGUGUCUUCACCAUCUCCGGCCGUCUUGCUGCUAACAGGCGACUUCCUCCCACCUCCAGCAUGGCCAACCUGAUCUGACCCAGAGCCAUCGGAGCUGCACCAGUGCCGGCAGGACACCUCUGUGCGAGGCUUACCGGAUAUGACUCAUCAGCGGGGCUUGUGCCUCCUGUCCUCACCAUUUUUUCCCAAAGCAGGGCGAGAUUUGCAGUGUGCCUUAUGUUUCUUUCAGAGAUGACUGCCAUUUGCUUUACCUCAGGCUAACAGUGCGGCAGGAACCCCGAGUUGCCUGGACAGGCUUCAUGAGCUGGAGCUUUACAGGCACAGUGCUGGCCUGUUCUGCUUUUUAUCUCAGCAAAGCCUCCUGCAACAGUUGCUGCCUGCCCAGCCAGCCCAGCUGUGGCCCCGCUGACACAGAGGGAGUUAAGGUGAGCCUGUCCUAUACCUCUGGGGACCCCAGUACUUGCUCGGUUCCUGCUGGUCCCUGCACUGUGUCAUGUUAUCCUAUGGCAGGAGAGGCUGUGAUUGCUGGUGGUGUAAAAUCGCCUUGUGCUCUCUGCAGAGCUGUUGACUUGGCCCAUGUCUUAGCUGUAAGCAGUUCAUAAUCUGUGCCUCUGAGUGUGUGAAGGUGUGUACAAGUUAAGCAUACUGUGAUGCCCUGUGCUGUGUGUCCCCCUCUUCCUGCCAGCUUUCAGGAGCCCUGAAAAUAAGAACAGCCUGUAGUGACAGCUGAUAAAUGACAGGAAAUAUUGUGAGUGUUACCAGGCGUGCUGAAUGCAAGCAGAGGGAGCUAGGUAUGAAGCACAGCUGCGAGGGGCUUCCCCUUGAGAAAGCACCUGUAUGUCUGUGGGAGUGAGCAUGGGAUUUGUGCGUGAGUCUGUGUCUGAGCCAGUCAUGGUUUGAUAGCACACGAAAUGCCAUUUGCGUUUGCAAUGCCAGGAGAUUUUCCAUUAUUACCUUUCUGCAGCCCAUGGUCUUCUGCAUUUUGAUCAAAGGGGGAGGCAAAUUGUUGGCAUUAGCACCCUGAUGGGUUUUCAGUGUUGGACUGUCUGAGUGUCGGAGGAGGCUCUGUUAUCACACUGGCAUGCUCCAGCACGCAAUCCACAAACAGCAAGGAGCAGUAGCCAGGAGCACGAUGAAGGGCUGCUGGAAUUACAGGCCUGGGGCUGGUCUGCACAGAGAGCUCCUGCUCUGUGAGGGAGGGGAAGGGGAAGCACUGUAGCCCUCCUACAUUAGUUUCCCAAGCAGAUGCACCUCCACUGCUGUGAGAAGCACGUAGUUCCCCUCCAUCCUUGCUGGGAGCAGAUUCAGCGCAGCAGCUUUUCUGUGCUGUUUCGCUGUCCUCCAAGUGUGGCAGCAGCCUGUUGCUGCUUGGCAUAUAAUAGUUGUUCUGUUGCCACUUGGGCCUCACUGUGAGCCUUUUUGGUGUUUUAUGUUUAUGAGAAUAUCUAUCUGCCUGUCCUAGAGGCAGGCUAACAACUCACCCUUGGAAACUUUUCCUUUGAAUUUAGGCUAAUUUACCUGUCAAAUUUUUCAUUUUGUCCGUAAGAGCUGCAAACCAUUUCACUGCUCCUGCCCUUUCCAUAGACGCAGAACCUAACCUGCAUUGCUGGUGAAGUUGUUGCUGAGCAACCUUUGCUUGCUUCUCUCUCUUCAUCUUCCUGCCUGCUCUCAUCUCCCCCUGACCUGAGUUGUUCUGCCUCAGCCAGUAUUUUUGCUCUUUAUUUGUGAUGAUCCCUCUGAGAACUAGGGUCACUGAAAUGGAGCAAGAACAAUUAGAUUAAACUGGUCUUUUGGGGGGUCUGGCAUCAAAUUUAUUUUAAAGAGGACCAUAGCUCAUUCCCUUAGUAACGGCAUGAAUCAUUGUCCAUGUUACACCUGGAAGCAAAGUCAGAGGUUCAUAGUCAGUGAACCACACCAGGUGUAUGUUGGGCAAUGAGGAUUUCAUCCCUUUGCAGCUCUUGCCCAUGCUGUCUUUGAGGCACUCAGAUCACAUGAGAGCACUUCUGUAUUCAUCCACUCUUGCCCUGUUCCUACUGACUUUCCUUCCUCCUGAAGUCUUGGAUUAUUUUUUCUAAAGUAACAUUAUUUUGUUUUUUGUUUUCUGUAUCUCUGAUAUUUCUACAUUUUCCUCUGCCAGUUUCAUAUCAUCUGUAGAUUUUAUUAAACUGCUGUUUCCUCCUUUCACUGCAUUACUUCCCCGAAUCUGCCCAAGAACUAAGAGGGUGUUACAAAGAUCAGGUCCUUCUGCAUUAAACACUCCACAUUUGGGUAGCAAAGGGCAGUCCUUCCCCAGUCUAACCCCAGGUUCGGCAGGAAGUCCAGAGCUUAUAAAUGAAGCAAUAGCCCAGAGCUGGGCAGCACUUUUGCACCACCAACACUGCUGCACCUGCGCAGCUGCUGCUCUACACAUCUAUGUUGCUGUGUGCACAGUUAUUCCAGGCUGCCUCAGUGCUUUUGCAGUUAUUCCCAGCUUCCCUGACCUGCCCAUGUGUGGACUGGGUCGCAGCUGUCUGUGCACCAGCUCUUUUGCACAUCUGCACAUUUCUGUGAACAUGCAUGUCUGCGCCUGGCCUGCAGCUCCAUGCUGUCUGCAUGUCAAUGUGAAUCUGCCCCUCCACAGACCCUUCAAAAUGUGCCUUAAGUGCACAUGAAUGUUGCCAGAAGAGGAUGCUUCAGGACCAUGUCAGCAACCCAAGGAAAUAAUGGAUAAAAACAGGCUGUUUCUGAAGAUGGAGAUUUGGAAAUGUGGCUGCCCAUGUGGACGGCCUGUACUGAGCCAGUCUCUGACUCACCUCCUGCAGCAGCAUUACUGUUUUGUUCCUUUCCCUUGUUUCCUUUGUUGUGCAUGGAAAAGCAUAAUAAAGUGUUGCAGAAGU